AUGCUUAACCCCGCCACUUUCACCCGGAAAACACCAUUCUCGCUCAGUUCUCUUGGGUUUUCCGGUAAUAACACCACGUUUUCCAGUCGGAGGACUCUAACUGAAGCUGGUUCGAGCAGGGCUGUUUCGUUUGGGUACAAAAAUGGUUCACUGAAUUGUGGUCGUAUCAAUUGGUCUGGGCGUCCCGGGACUGGUUUUGGGCAUCUGGGUCGAGUCUCUUCUGUCUCAGGCGGAAGUUCAGGUGACUCCGGCGGGAUUGGUGGUUCAGGCGGUGGUGGUGGUGGUGGUGGUGGUGACGGUUCCGGAGGUGGAGGUGGAGGUGAAGGUAGUGAAGGAAACGGAAACAAGUGGUCAUUUCUCUCAUGGUACUUGGCUCUCCUCUCAAAUUAUCCGGUUUUGACCAAAUCUGUGACAUCAGCACUUCUGACCCUCAUUGGUGAUUUGAUCUGUCAGCUUACAAUCAAUAAGACCUCAUCAUUGGACAAGAAGAGGACACUCACGUUUACCAUCUUGGGCUUAGGACUAGUCGGUCCAGCAUUGCACUUCUGGUACUUGUAUCUGAGCAAAGUGGUGACAGCUUCCGGAUUGUCAGGCGCAGUUUUGCGACUUUUACUGGACCAGUUUCUUUUUGCUCCUGUUUUUGUUGGAGUUUUCUUAUCAGCUGUUGUCACACUUGAAGGAAAACCAUCAAAUGUCAUACCGAAGCUAAAGCAGGAGUGGAUUGGUGCAGUGCUAGCAAAUUGGCAGCUAUGGAUACCAUUUCAGUUUCUUAACUUCCGAUUUGUUCCACAAAACUUCCAGGUACUCGCUUCGAACGUAGUGGCUUUGGCUUGGAAUGUGAUUUUGUCCUUCAAAGCUCACAAAGAAGUUGUUCCGAAAUAG